AUGGCUGACCCAGAGAGUCAACACAAUAUAUAUUUAACAAAACUGUGUCGAAUUUGUCAGGAGCAUACUGGUAAGGUCCUAAGAAAUGCCUUAUCCGUCACAAAAUUUUCUGAAAGAAUUGAAAAAGCCUUUAGAAUAGACCUAAAAGGGGAUAUUCCAACAGUACACCCUAGAAAAAUUUGUUUAAAAUGCUACUCUUUAAUGAAAAAUGUGGAAACCAAAAAUACAACACCCAUAUUAAAUGUGAAAUCAUGGUUUCCACAUAAUCCAAGUGACUGUGACACUUGCAAAUUGGGGUCUAUUAAAUCAAGAGGUGGAAAAAAAACCAAAUCUAAAAGUGUGGGAAGACCACCGAAAGAUGGUAGUAUGUGGACACGACACAUGACUGAGGUGUUAUACGAAAAGACUCCGGCAGAUAUCAUACCAAAGAGAUACAGCAGAGAGGAUUUCUCUUGUAAUAAGUCACUGCCAGAAUUUAUAUGCUUUUUGUGCAAGGAUAUUCUUAGAAGACCUGUAGGGAUAAUGCCUUGUGAGCACAACUUCUGCUUAGAAUGUUUGGUACCCAAUAUUGAAGGUAGGAGAGAAACGGACUGGAAAUGCCCUCAAUGCAAACUGCUUAUAAAAAGCAACCAAAUUAAUCCAUCAAAAAAGAUACAAAAUCUCACAAAAAUGUUAUCGACCAAAUGUAAAAGAUGUGGUCAUUUAUUUAAUUUGGACGAAGAAAAAGAAAAAAAAACAGCAUGA